AGUGUAGGAUUGGUAUGUUGUGUAUGUACUCACUAUGUCGUGGUGGUGUAUGCGGUGGAAGUUAUAAAAUGAGAAGAGUGGCUCUUUCGUUCAAAACGACGAGUUUAAUUAUCUAACAACUUGACUCACACGCACUUUGAUCAUCUUUCCUUCCCGGUUUCCACCGUCAACUCGGAAACGUGCUCGUGAAUUUCACACAGAGAGAAAGUUUGAUUAAUCGAUUGGAGGCGUGUUGCACUGGCAUUCCUUUCCCGAGAAGAUGACCAUCGACUUGGAUUCGGUCGCUCGCAAAAUCGAGGUUGAUAACCGCAUUCCCCUUCGCUAUUACUAUCGGAUUGCCGAUAACCUCCUCAAGCAGGCAGGUAUCUACCGGGAGGAGAAUAAUGUAGUUGACUUGUAUAUCAUCCUCCUUAGAUUUAUAAGUUUGGUUUCUGAGACUAUACCAUAUCAUCGAGAUUAUCAAGUUUCACUGGCCAGUGAAAGGGCAGCAUAUAAGAAGAGGUCGCGAGUUGCACUAAAUGAGCUUGAAUCUUUGAAGCCUGAAUUUAAACGCCGGGUGGAAAAAUUGAAUGAGUCACAUGUAAAAGCUCCAUUGCCUCAAGAAAAUGGCUCUAAUAAGGCCUUGCAAAGUUCAGUGAAUUCUUCUUUGGAAUGGCCGGCUGUUAAUAAAAGUUAUAACUUAAGCAUGGAUUUUAAACAGCCUGCUGGAUUGGGUUCAAACACUUCAUGGAAUUACAAUAAUAUGUUAUCUUCAAAUUCCAGGCCUAUUGACAAGCAGUUUCAGAAACUAUCUCUCAGUCUACCCCCUCCAAAUAAGGAUACUUUGUCCAGACAUUCAUUUUUAGGACCAAAUGGUCUUCGUGGCCAAUGGCUUGGACCUAGUGCAGAAAUAAAGGUUCAAUAUCCAAGCAGUAGUGAUCUCACACAUGCCAAGGAUUCAAGCCUGAAUCAGGCUGGGCAAUAUGAUCUUGUGGCAAUUAAAGAUGGUGAUCAAGAACCAGUUACAUCCACAAUGGACUCGGUUCUCUCCUUGGACGAUGGAAGAUGGUUGAAUCCUGCUGUUGAGUCCUGUUCUCCUGUUGUUACUGAAUCAAGGGAGGAACCUUUACAAUUGCUCAACAUCAAGCAACCUUUGCCUCCUCCUGUUCUUGCUCAGGUUUACCCAGAAUGUGCCCCUAUUCCUCCUUCAAAAGUUGCAGAUCCAAGGCCAGGACCAGCUAAAUCUUCUAAUGAUUCUGGAGUUGGUCCAACUACAUAUCAACACCUUCAUAUUCCUGUCAAAAUGAUGGAAGACUUUUUGAGAUUAGCUUCAGCAAACACACGGAAGAACUUAGAGACAUGUGGUGUUCUUGCUGGGUCCCUGAAAAAAAGGGUAUUCCAUAUCACGACACUUAUAAUUCCAAAGCAGGAAUCAACUUCAGACUCGUGUUCAACAUUGAAUGAAGAAGAAAUAUUUGAAGUUCAAGACAGCUUAUCACUUUUUCCUUUAGGUUGGAUACAUACACAUCCGUCACAGACUUGUUUCAUGUCUUCCGUGGAUCUGCACACUCAUUACUCAUAUCAGAUCAUGUUACCGGAGGCAAUUGCUAUUGUCAUGGCCCCUACAGAUACUGCAAGUCCACAUGGCAUAUUUCAUCUGUCUGAUCCGGGUGGUGUGUCUGUAAUUCGUAACUGUCAACAACGUGGAUUUCAUCCGCAUGAAGAGCCUUCGGAUGGAAGUCCAAUAUAUGAGCACUGCUCUCAUGUCUAUAUGAAUGCUAACUUGAAGUUCGAUGUUGUUGACCUUCGAGAUCGAUGAUUGAUCAAGAGUGUGGGCUCUCUAAUUAAUCUCUACACAGGUUACAAGCAGAGUGAUUUACUGCAUCUUUUUCUACAAAACUCGACACUUGAAAUUGCAAUGGCAUAGGUGGAUUCUUUUGUAUUUAUGAACAAAGAGAGAACAACAAAUCGCCAAUCCCUUGAUUUUGUACUAAAUGAAGCAGUGAAAAGUUAGUUGUGUAUAUGUUUAUAUACUUUAUACCAUGUGAAGAAAUGAGAAAUGCAACAAAAUUACAUCGAUGUGAUAUUAUAACAUUUCGGUAA